CAAAAGUUACAGCACUACGCGUACUUUUUCCGAUCCGGUCGAUGUUUUUGGGAACCUAACCUAACAACUGUCAAAGAUAACCUCCAAGUGAGCUACUGUUGUUAUUUCCGAAAAGUCAUUGAUAAAUGAUGUUUGUCUUGCGAUUAACGACGGUAGGCUCGAGGCCAGUGGCUCGGAGCUCGCGAAUACGUUGUUUGUCACAGCUGUCGAUAAAGUCCAAAGAGAAUAAUGAGACGAAAAUGCAAGCCUGGCAGAUACACUCCUACGGGGGUUUGUCAGAUCUCAAAUUAUCAGAAGUCAGAAUACCGAUAAUAAGAAAACCCAGCGAUGUAUUGAUAAAGAUUGAAGCGAGCAGCAUUAAUCCGAUCGAUAUUGCCAUGUCCCGGGGCUUCGGCGCAACCAUUUUCAAUGCACUGCGUAAGAUGAAAGCUAUGAAACUUGACUUCGAUGGAAAGAUAGAAUUUCCCCUGACAUUAGGGAGAGAUUUUUGCGGAGUCGUUGUGUCAAAAGGGCUUGAUGUCGGAGACAGAUUAACACUCGGUGAAGAAGUGUGGGGAGUUGUGCCCCUCGAACAACAGGGAUGCCACGCCGAAUAUGUUGUUGUGGACAGUAAAUUGGUCAAUCCACGGCCACAGAAUUUAUCGCAUAUUGAAGCCUCCAGUAUUUUGUAUGCAGGCCUCACUGCGUGGUCGGCGCUAUGGAUAACUGGAGGUUUGUCAUUCAAAGUUAAUAUACCAACAUAUCAGAAUAAGAGGAUCCUUGUUCUCGGUGCAUCUGGCGGUGUCGGUACCUUAGCUAUUCAACUGUUAAAGGCCUGGAAUAUGCAGGUAGUGGCAACGUGUAGCACUGAUGCGGUAGAACUGGUAGAACAACUUGGAGCCCACGUAGUCAUUGAUUAUAAAGACCAGUCUGCCGAUACCAAAAUCGCCGAAGAAGGACCAUAUGACCUUAUUUUGGACUGCUGUAAACAAGGAGUAGACAGUGUCAGAGCUAAAGGCUAUUCUUACAACACGUACAUAACUCUGAACUCGCCAAUGUUGAAGAAUUUUGAUGACUUUGGUGUAAUAGGAGGAUCAGUAAAAAAUGUAGGAGAUGUGAUCAAAGACAAUGUUCCUUUUUGCAAAGAUAAGACUACGGUGAAGUGGGGAUUUUUCAUGCCAUCUCAGAAGGGGAUCAACGUGAUUCAAAAUUUCGUAGAGCAAAAAAAGAUUGUACCUGUGAUUGAAAACGUUUAUCCAUUUUCCGAGUUACCUCAAGCUUACGAAAGGGUAGAUAGAGGUCAUCUACGUGGGAAAAUCGUAAUUGAUAUGAAGUAGAAGUUGGGAAUAAACUUUUCUGAUCAACAUUCAGGCAGUCUUU